AUGCAUGUGACAGGGGAGGGUUCGGUGGCAGCCAAUGGCCGGAGUCGCGGGAAAAGGCUAUUUCUCGAAAGACAGAUCCGGGCUAUGAAUGGUCUCGAAUGUAUUGCGACGAGCAGAGAAUAUGGCUGGUUGAUGACAUGGAAACCGAAUAUCAUACUCCGUGGACUCGAGGAGGCUUCUGAGGCAUGCCGCGUGCCCAAGUGCGAGUCCUCGAAGCCCCCGACCGCACCCGCUGGACUCUUGCUCGCUCGACUGAAAGCCUUCCAUGUCGGCGUGAAGGACUCGCCCACGCUGCCUCCGGACAUUCUACUUGACGCGCUGCAGGAGAAGGGCGGGCUGGCCAGGAUGCAGGCACCGCAACACCCCCAGCCGAACGGGCUGUACUUCCACGACGAACAGGAUCUUCCACGGUACAGCUUCGAUGGCAGCCAAUACUCCGAAUCCCCUUCGGCGCACAUGAGCUCACAGCCCCGUUGGAAGCCGCCGCCUUCGAGCAAUGAAAGCAGGAAUGUCAGCAACUACGGCGACAACUACGACGGCUUCGACGCUUUCAACUUCGACACGACCGCCCGCUCUGUCGGCGACCGCGCCAGCCACAACAUCAGUGUCAAUACCGGCCUCCGCAGCGUCUCGCGCAAUGGCGGUCAAGACUCGGUGUCGCAGCAUCUCCUGUAUGAGACCGCGCUCAUGGACUCACAGACCUUUGAGAUCCUCGAGAUUGCCGAAGUAGACACGCUGAAGAAAGAGCAUGUGCGCCUCGACCAGAAAAUUGACGCAACCCAGCGAAAGCUGGCGCUCGAGAGCAAGGUCAGGGAUGCGGCGCAGAAUCUACAGCGAUUGUACUCUACCAAGAACCGGCCAGACACGCCUCAGGAUCCCGACAGCCCGAAGAAGAGCAGGAGUAGUCUACUGGGCGGCAGACAGAGGAGCGAUAGCCGGGCAAGCUCUGGGAGCAUAGAGCACUUGCAGCAAACAGACAACGAGGUCGUGCUUAGCGUGAAGAAGGUGGACCAGCUGCACGAAACGAUGAAGGAGUUGCUGGAUCGCCGCCAAUACGUGGAGCGAAAGCUGCUGAGGCAUACUGCGGCAGUGCUGGCGGAGGAGGCGAACAGGACGGUGGAAUCGGCAGUGCCGGGGCUCUCAAAUGGCACGCAUGGGACGACCGACAUUGAUGAGGAUAGCGUGUACACGCCGAACGAGUUCGAUGGGAUUCGCGACAUUCUACACGGCAUGCCGGUGGGAGCAAGCAGGAACGUGAAGCAGCACGAGGAGCAGCUUGAAGGUGUGCAGGCAAGGCUGGAGCAACUGAACCACCAGCUUCAGUCUGUCAUCAGCGAGGCCAGUCAAACGCUUGGUGCGGCACCGGCUGUCGAGAAGGCUCUCGAUGACGGCGAGCACUCUUCGUCGCGUGUUGAGAGCCACUUUGCGCGGGUCGAGCGUAAUUUGAGCGUUCUUCAACAGCAGCAGCAGCAAAUCAUGUCGCGCUUUUCGAAGGCGCAGGAGGACUACGCACGUUUACAGGAGGUCAAUGCCAGAGUACAAGAGGAUCAUGCGAGCAUGCAGGAGGACCAUUUGGCCAUCGAGAAUGAAUACUCACGCAUACAAGAAGAUCACGUGCGAUUGCAGGACGACCACUCGCGCUUGAGAGAAGAGCAUUCAAGGGCGCAGGGGGAUCACCUGAGCUUACAAGAUGACCACUCGCGCCUGAAAGAAGAUCAUUCCAAAGUACAAGAGGACCACCUGAGCUUGCAGAACGCUCACUCGAAGCUUCAAGAAGAGCACUCUCUGACGCAACAAGGGCAGUCCACAACAAAGCAGGCUGUCGAGGAGCAACUGCAAGAUCUCAACCGCCAGAUGUACAACACCUUACUCAUCGCUUCUGAAUCGCAGGCUGUGCCAGGUUUGCAGCCUCCGCAGUCCGGGCAGAGCUACGAGAGCCAGAUGCAGUAUCUGGAAGAGAACCUGAUGACCAUGGAACAGCUGCUCCAGCAGCAGGCGCAAUCAGGUGCAAUACAGAAACUGUCCGAAUACGAGACCACCAUCUCCGGCCUCUGGGACAUCCUCCAGCCCAGCAGCACCUCUCGUCGUCCCAGCGCAUACGACGGACCCGAUGACGGCCCGCCACCCUCGCCAUUGGCGGAAUCCUUCUCCCUGCCGGCCUUCAACGCCCUCGUGCAGAAUAUCUUCGACCGUUCUGAGUCUGCGAAAGAACAACAGGACAUCCUACGCCGCCAGAUCCAGCAGCAGCGCGACCUCAACGGAAAGUCCGAUGCUGAGAAAGACCGGGAAAUAGCGGAAUUGCAGGUCAAGCACGAGGGCGUGGUGCGAGAGCAUGCAUCUCUGCAGCAGGAGUUAGAUGCGAUGCAACAGGAGCUGGCGAACUGGAUGGUGCGGCAUGAGCAGAGUGAGGGCGAGGCCGGACACGCCAGGGGAGAGUUGGGCAAGGUCAUGGAGGAGUUGGAGGAAAUGCGGAAAACGUUGGACCUGAAGCAGGCCGAGCGAGAUGAAGUCAGUGCUAAGAUGCGGGAGCAAAUGGAGCAGAUGGAGGCGCGCUUGCAGGAGCAGGCUGAUGCGCAGCAGGAAAUGGAAGGCUUGGAGUCAGAGGUCGUACGCUUGACGACCGAACUCACCAUGGCGAAGGCGGAGCUUGAUGGCGCGUAUGGAUCCCGUCAAGAACGCAAAGGCGCACAAGCCGCCGAGGUCGAGCAGCUCGUGGUUAGGAACCGCGCGAUGGCCGACCAAGUGGCGCAGCUUGAGCGCGAGCUCGGUGAGAUGACGGGUGAAUUCCAGGAGUUGACCAAGGAGAGCAUUGAGCUUGAAAAAGAGCGGGAGCAGCUGGACCAGUUGAUCGAUGGGUUGAGAGAGCGGUGUGAUUCAUUGGAGUCGCAGCUCAGCGAUGAGAAACUCCGAUGGGUGGGAGUUAAGUCUCCGACGAACGGACCUGGGGCGGACGGGCAGCCGCAGAUGAGAGAGGGCACGAGUAUGAUGGUGUUGCGGCAGGAGUUCAAGAAGAUGAUGCGAGACCAGCGCGCGGAGGGCAUGAGGGCUUUGAAGGCCGAGCAGGAGGAGCGCCGCCGGCUCGAAAGUGAGCUGAGGAAGUUUCGGCAAGGCAGUGGUCCGCUGAGCAAGCGGUCGGAGAGCGUGAGUGCGAGUGGCAGCGCUCCGCCGGUUUGA